AUGAGAUUGUAGGUCUAUGAUAAUGCAGUGAGUGCAGGCUUAGAUCAUGAUAGAGCAGUUGUGCUUAUGAAUGUAUUCAAAAAUUCUUAUUUUAUGGGAUGUACUUAUCAUGAUGAUGUGAUGACAGAGUCUCGUAGAUUCUGGCCAAAGGAAGCAAUUGAUAAGCCAUUAUAUUAGUGA